CCUCCUCCCUACUCCCUCUCUCUAUCCCUCCCUCUCCCUCGUUCUGGCUCUGUUGCCAAGGCUACCAUAUAGCCUCUUGCUGCAUAUACCUAGACGAGGCUGUCGCUUGUGGAUCUUUCGCUCUCCUCCAGGAAACAAACAAAAGAAAACCCGUCACAUACACUCUCUCUCUCACACACACACACACACACACACAGAUAAAGGAAAAAAGUAUUUUCAGAUUGCGUUGUGUCAAAGGGUUGAGCUGAGAGGGAGGAAGGAUGGUAAUGUGAAGAGAAACACACCCAGGACUGAUUCAUACAGCAUGGCCAACAACUGGUGGUUGCCACAGGAUACAGAAUUUGACUUGAUCAUGUGAUCUGUCCUCCUUCCUGUACCCUUAGACCUUCCAGAGGGGCAUCAUGACCAGACGACUGAGCAGCUCGACUCGUUCCCAGACGGAGGACUCCGUCUUCCUAAAGCCAGACGAAGACCCCAUAUGGCUGGAUGACCCUCCAACGACAGACGGCGACCCCUCUCAACCAGGAGAUGGCCCCCCGGGCCUUGAUGAACCCCCAGGACCAGGUCCCCCAGGGCCCCAGGGACACCAAGAGGAACUGUGGAGGGACAAGUUUUACACCAUCGUCAUGGGGAUGCACUGGUGUGCCGUGUUCUGCACAAUUUCCCAAAUCACGGGUUAUUGGGCCUUCUUCCUGGUGGAUGGUAAUGGGCUUUUCUCAGCCUUCUACAAAUCCCUACAGCUCCUAGACCUCUACCUGGGCGUCCUCCUGUCAUUCAACCCUGUGUUUGGAGUGGACUCCCUGUGCGUGAUGGCGGAGGUGGAGAAAACCAAUCACUACUGGGUCCUCCAGGCCACCGAAGGCAUUGGCAUGGCUAUCAUUGUCUUUAUGAUCAUCCGCACUGUGUGUAAGUUGGAGUACGGUGAUGCGUGGUGGUCAGCGGCGACGGUGGCUGACCAUGGGGACAGACGUCAGUCGGUGAGUCGCCAGCCUUCCUUCACUCUGUCGGAGUGGACAGACGCCCAGGAGGACCUGAUGGACCUGGAAGCUGAACCCCAGACCCCCAUCUUUGACCUGGGCCUGGACACCAGGACAGAGGGGGACAUCACCACCCUCUCUGUUACACCUGUGGGCCUGCAGGAGAGGAGAGGCUCCAACGUGUCUCUGACCCUGGACAUGUGUUCUCCUGGCUGUACGGAGCCCUAUGGCUACGGAGCCCAGCUCUCCCCCAGAGACCAGACUGCCAAGGAGUACCUGAGGGAGGGAACAAACACUCUCACCCCUAGCCAGCUCCACACACGCGCUAUAGACGACCAGGCCCUACAGGCUGAGUUCUAUGAAACUCCCAUGAACUUUGUGGACCCAAAGGAGUAUAACUACCCGGGCCUGGUGAGGAAGAACCGCUACAAGACCAUCCUCCCCAACGCACACAGCCGAGUGAUACUCCGGACAGCAGAUGAAGAGGAGUUCCUCAGUACCUACAUCAACGCUAACUACCUACAGGGUUACGGGGGUGAGGAGCGGGCGUACAUCGCUACCCAGGGUCCUACAGUGAACACAGUGGGAGACUUCUGGAGGAUGGUGUGGCAGGAGCGCUGUCCCAUCAUCGUCAUGAUCACGAACCUAGAGGAGAAGAAUGAGAAAUGUGCAGAGUACUGGCCUGAGGACUCUGUGACCCACGAGGGCAUCGAGAUCAAGGUUGUCACGGUAACCCAGGAGGACGACUACAGCCUGAGGGUCUUCACUCUGAAGUUUGAUGGAGAAGAGCGCAGCCUCCGGCAGUACUGGUACACCUCCUGGCCUGACCAGAAGACCCCAGACAAAGCCCCGCCCCUCCUGGAACUGGUAGAGGAAGUGGAGCAGGCCAGAGCGGAAGCUCCGCCCACCAGCGGCCCUGUCAUCGUCCACUGCAGUGCUGGGAUAGGUCGGACAGGCUGUUUCAUCGCCACCUCCAUCCUGUGUAAACAGCUGAGGAGUGAGGGCGUGGUCGACAUCCUGAGGACAACCUGCCAGCUCCGCCUCGACAGAGGCGGGAUGAUCCAGACGGGUGAGCAGUACCAGUUUGUUCACCACGUCCUCAGCCUCUACGAGAAGCAGCUGUCCCACAUUGUAGAGGAGUAGAGACACACCACUGUACUGUACACUGUACCUACUGUAUUGUACACUGUACCUACUGUAUUGUACACUGUACCUACUGUAUUGUACACUGUACCUACUGUACCUACUGUAUUGUACACUGUACCUACUGUAUUGUACACUGUACCUACUGUACACUGUACCUACUGUAUUGUACACUGUACCUACUGUACACUGUACCUACUGUACUGUACACUGUACCUACUGUAUUGUACACUGUACGUACUGUACACUGUACCUACUGUAUUGUACACUGUACCUACUGUACACUGUACCUACUGUAUUGUACAAUGUACCUACUGUACACUGUACCUACUGUAUUGUACACUGUACCUACUGUACUGUACACUGUACCUACUGUAUUGUACACUGUACGUACUGUACACUGUACCUACUGUACUGUACACUGUGCCUACUGUACUGUACACUGUACCUACUGUACUGUACACGGUACCUACUGUACACUGUACCUACUGUACUGUACCUACUGUAUUGUACACUACCUACUGUACACGGUACCUACUGUACACUGAUAGCUACUGUACUGUACCUACUGUAUUGUACACUACCUACUGUACUGUACACGGCACCUACUGUACUGUACCUACUGUACUGUACACCCAUCUCAAUGUCACCCUUUAGCACACACAACCACAAAAACAAUAACAGACUAUGUCAGCCUCAUCCAGCCCCCUUCCAUUUCAGAGGCCCACGUACGAGAAGCCCAAUCCUGACGUAAAUUCCUUAAUUCGGCAAGAAUUUGACCGAUUUGAUUUGCAGACCAUGCUCUAAGAGUAGCAAUGACUACAUGUCUGUCUGGCCCCACUUCUAACGCAGACAUUUGUUGUCACACUUGGCAGAGGACUGUCCAGUAGGAUAUUUGAUAAGAUAUGUCCCGUCAAGUGCCAUGUUAGAUUAUUCAGACUUCUCCAGAUAAGAAAAGGUCCAGCCUAUAUUCACGGUGUGAAGCCUACAAUCUCACAGUGAGGGACCACCAGUUCGUCUGAAACGUAAACCGCCAACUAGCUUUUCUCUCCUGUUACAACAAAACCAUCUCCAUACGAGCAAAAGACGUAGAAAAUGUCAAUGUUCAAAGUCUUGUGCUCACUUGGCCUCUUCAAAUAAACACACUACAGCAGGCCUUUCAAAACUCCUGGUGCUUCUCAGGAGCCACCUCAUCUUCAGUUUUCAUGGUGCUCCGUGUUCAUUACCACUGAAUGAGGCAUGUACCAUAGAUCUCUACGGAAACACUGAGGAAUGUAACCGUUGAGUAACUAGGCAUUGUGUGCAGUCUCUUCAGUAUUACAGUACCGUGCGUAUGUGCAGUCAGUCAGUCGGUCAUCAUGAUCUCCAUGGUAAUUCAUCAGACAUCAUAGCCUCCUAGACUUUCACCAGCGUUGUCAGGUGACCACUGAGACUUGAGGGGGGGGGGGGGCGUGUCUCAACUUCUGAGUUCACACACGAGAAGUAAUGACUGGCACAUACAGUAGCAUAGGAAUCCAGAGACUGAGGUGCAGAUCUACUAGUGAAACGUGCACCUGUUACUUUUUUUUCUCCCCCUCGCGGGAGUCAAAUAGCCUGGGUGCCAGUCUGUUUCGGCUCGCUUGCCAAACUCCUUAUGGUAUUGUCAUGUUUUGUCAAUUCAAAUAUAGUCUGCAAAAGCAACAACAACAAAACAGAUCUGGGACCAGGCUAGAAGAUCAACAUGAAAGUGCAAAAGGGUACAAAUGUAAAAAGGUUGCAAGAAGAAACAAAACCUCUAAACUGGACUUUAAUGGUUUAGCUUUCCUUUAAACGUUAUUAUUCCCCUCUAACAAAGGAUCCAGGUGUUAAUGAUGAUGGGUAAACCUGACCCUCCUGACCCUGACCAUCAGCGCCCUCUCUGUGGGGUUGGAAUGAUGAUAACCUCUGCUGACAACAGUACCCUGAACACGUGCGUGACGUUAGCAGCCCAUGAUUGUUGUAUAGACAGGCCAAGCCUACUCCGUAUAAAGCACAAUAGACCAACUAUGGUUGUCUCUCUGAUGUUCAGCUGUAAAAUGUUCAUUUCUCUGUGUCGUGUUUUGACUGUGUUGACUUAAAUGGAUUGCAUGUGCUGUAUGGGACUCUCAUAUGUCCGUAAUCAAAGCGAAAGUGAUUGGUUGUCCAGCUUUCUGUUGUAAUAAGGGUUCUCCGAUUAUCUUGCUUGCUCUCUGCCAAUGCUUUUGAUACAGUUUGCUUUUGUGAAACCAACCAGAGAUAUUUUUAGAACCGUUUUUUAUACAAUCCUUUCGAGUAGAUGCCUUGUGUAUAUUUUCCAUUUACACCACAAUGGAAUGUAGCUCAUACUGUGGUCAAACCAUUGGUUUAUAUCGCAAGAUUUGACAGAAACAAAUGUGACAACUACCCAAGUUACCUUACAACAAAAAACCAUUGAUUGUUUUGUCUUCAGUAUGACUUUGAUGCCUCUAGGCUUUGCUUCAAUAUGCUUUGCUUUGUGUGUCCUUGAGGUUUUUUUUAUCUCGUUUUCUUUUCGAGUUUUACCCCAGACCCAGUUUUUACACAGUCCUCACACAUUCCCCAUCUGUGGUUUCAAUUGAAUUCAAUCGCAUAUCAAGGAAAACCACACUAUGGGUUCACUCUAAAUGUUUAUGCCAAUGACGAACAGCUUCCGGGCCAGGAUUUGAAUGUGGUUGACACCUCCGAUACUUAACAUUGACCGACUGCAUGGUUUCCCCUUGGCGCGUAAUUGAUUGCAUUGUUGCCUGUGAACUCCAGGCCAGACUGACCUCACAUCGACAUGAGAAAUAUCAACUACGCGUAGGACAGCUAAAACAAUGGGAUUAAGAGUUGUAUGGAAGAAACCUCUAACGACUCUCAUCUUGAUUGAAUGCAACUGGUCCAUUACAGCGAACACCCAGCAGGAGACAAUGUCACUGGUUUGUUUUAAAUGGGCAUCUCACAAAGUAAAAAUGCGCAUUUCAUCCUCUGAUUGAAACGGCCGUGACAUGUUGAGUUUUGCAGAUGGGGAAAAAAAGCUGAAGUGGAACCGCUAGGAACUUGGAGAAGUUGGAAUUCAACUAUGAAAUCCUUUCCUGAUAACGCUCGUUGCAAUUUGAUCCAACCGCUUUAUUUUGAGUGCUUGUUGUCUGUGCUGCCAGGUCUUAUUCUGGUGAUCAUAGUGAGGGAGAAGAUCAUUGAAAUAGCCAACCCAGUGAACAAAAUUGGUUGAAAAUACUUUGAAUGUGUCUUUUUGGUUGAAAUGUCUUCUCAAACAGUUUUUCACACUGGGGAAACUAUCAGACAUACUCCAACCAACCAGCAAACAGCCUACGCUACUACAGUAUUGCUUUUAAAUUGUGAGUUUUUGCAUCCAAAUAAAAGUAGAUUUUCAUGAA